CAGAGCUCUUUUCCAGAGUUCUCUCACAACAGUGGCUCAUCCACUCCCAUAGCCGCACGGACAUGAAGGUCAUGGCUGUGCCUCUUCACUUCACUGGUCUCAUCCUACUGCUUGUCCUCCAGCUGACCCUGCCUCACUACGCCCAUGGGGGGGCAUACUAUGGGCACAAGCAGCUUCAGCAGCUGCCACAACAGCACCAGCCCCUCCCACAGCUACCUCACAUGGCCCUGGGCAAGGAUGGGCUGCCCCAGCAGCAGUACCUGGGCAAGGAAGUGCCACACAUGAUCCCACAGUACCGCAAGGAGUUUCCACAGCUGCCCAUGCACUUGGGCAAAGAGAUGCCACGCAAGGACGGUAAAGGCGAAACUAUACCAAGAGGUGAGAAGGGCAACCCAGGAGAUGUUGGUCCCAAGGGGCCACCUGGACCCCAGGGUCCUCCAGGGUUGCCUGGCCAUGGAAUGCCAGGGCCCCCAGGAAAACCAGGACCACCUGGUCCUCCUGGAUAUGCAGGUAUUGCCAAACCAGGAAUGCCAGGAAUGCCAGGCAAACCAGGUGCAGUAGGACCGCCAGGUCCAAAGGGAGAGUUGGGCCCCACCGGUAUUGAGGGGCCCAUUGGUUUACCUGGGCCUCCAGGGUUUCCUGGCCCUCCAGGGCUGCCAGGGCUGGGGAAACCAGGGGGGCAGGGGCUGCCAGGGCAACCAGGGCCCCGAGGAGAGCCUGGUCAUAAGGGCCUGCCUGGACUUCCCGGUCUUCCAGGGCCAAAAGGUGACAAAGGGAUUGGUCAGCCGGGGCUGCCUGGCCUGAAAGGGCCAGGUGGGCCACCAGGGCCCCCAGGUCAGGGGGGUCUUCCAGGGAUAGGUAAGCCUGGUCUUAAUGGGCUUCCAGGGGCCCCAGGAGCACCAGGAAAAGCAGGACCCCCUGGUGAGCCAGGGCUCCCUGGCCCACCAGGGGAAGGGGGACAACCAGGGCCCCCAGGGCUGCCAGGCCUUGGCAAACCAGGCCAAGAUGCCUUACCAGGGCAGCCAGGGUUUCCUGGUGGAAAAGGAGAACAAGGCCCACCAGGUUUACCAGGGGGGCCUGGCCUACCAGGAUUUGGCAAGCCUGGAUACCCAGGACCAAAAGGUGACAAAGGAUAUGCGGGUUUACCAGGAGCCCCCGGCCCAAAGGGAGACAAAGGUCACGGAGGCCUCCCUGGUAUGAUAGGGGCCCCAGGACCUGUGGGACCCCCAGGUUUGCCUGGCCCCAUGGGCCCACCAGGAGGUGUUGGCUUCCCUGGACUGAAAGGAGAGGGAGGUGCUGAAGGGCCACAGGGAAAAGCAGGUCCUAAAGGGGAGCCAGGGCCUUCAGGUCUUCCAGGCAAGCCUGGAUUUCCAGGAGAGGCAGGUCAGCCAGGCCCACGUGGUCCAACUGGGCCAAUGGGUCCUAAAGGGGAGGGUGGACACAAAGGAAUACCUGGCUUGCCUGGAGCUGCUGGUGUUCCCGGUCCACAAGGAAAAAGUGGUCUACCAGGCAAUCACGGUCAACAAGGCCCUAAGGGCAUUCCAGGAAUUAUGGGUGCUGGUGGGCCAAUUGGGCCUCCAGGGCCUCCAGGACUAAGAGGUGAAAUGGGGCCACCUGGCCAACCAGGCCCACCAGGUCUGGGUAAACCUGGCCUUCAAGGCCAGAUGGGGCCCCAAGGAAAACCAGGCCCUGCUGGGCUCAAUGGCCAACCAGGACAACCCGGGCAACCAGGGCCCCCAGGUCCUCCUGGCCCUCCGGCCAUCCCCCCUGGCAUGGGGCAGGUUUUACCCGAGAUGGGCCCAGGUCUGGACGGCAUGAAGAAAUAUGGCUACAAGAAAGGCAAGGCCGGUGUGGAGGUGUUGAGCAGGAACGCCCUGGAGAUGCCAGCCUUCACUGCCCUACUGACCACUCCAUUCCCCCCCGUGGGCAGUCCUAUCGUGUUCAACAAGCUCCUGUACAACGGCCGGCAGAACUACAAUGCCCAGACCGGCAUCUUCACCUGUGAAAUCCCUGGCAUCUACUACUUUGUCUACCAUGUCCACUGCAAGGGUGCCAACGUGUGGGUGGCUCUCUUCAGGAACAAUGAACCAACCAUGUACACAUACGAUGAGUACAAGAAGGGCUUCCUGGACCAGGCAUCUGGGAGCGCUGUAGUCCCACUAAGAUUAGGCGACACUGUGCACAUCCAACUCCCAUCAGACCAAGCAGCAGGACUAUAUGCCGGCCAAUACGUCCACUCCUCUUUCUCUGGAUACUUACUGUAUCCCAUGUAAAAAAAAUAAAGAAAGCAGAGAGAAAGAAAUCAAAGGUACACAUGUAGUUGUUUAUGUAAAAGAGAUAAUCUGAUUGCGCUGUUGAAUCAACAGUGACGUAUGGGCAAGUUGGACCAGCUCUUAAAACAUCCAGUAGAUGCGUGAGUGUAAAGGAGAAUAUAUGCAGAUUGUUGUUUGUUUUUAUAACCAUGGUACAAAAUACAACAUAUCAGUAUUUCCGAUAACAAACAAACCAGAAGUUACAACUCAAUUUUACCAUCAAACUAAUUGUAUUACACUUUAGUUUAUCUAUAUGUAUGUAUAAAACACAAGACUGUUGCAUGUCAGUUUAUUUCAUUUCAAUUCAAGAGAGACCAACCACAGAAUGUGUGUAAGGACUUUUUAUGUUUAUUUUUUACAAUCAAUAACAAAUUUGACAGCAAUAAACAUAAUUAUGUUUUUUUUCCCAAAAGGAUCAACUGUUCUGCUGUGCACAUGUUUGCUUGUAUGUCACUGUUAGCUGCCCUCAGACAGAAAUACAGAAAUAUGAGACUUGCAAAUCUAUGAAAACUAGCUUUAAAAUGUUCAAAAUGUUUCCAUCUUUGGAAAUUCUUUCAGCACAGAACAGAAUGAAUAAAUAAUUUUUGAAUUCAUGCCCAAAUAUUUACAAAGGACAUGUCAAACCAACUGAAGGAGAGAAAUAGGCAUUGAGGAGCUUGUGCAAGAUAACACAUUUGUUUUUUGUUUAUGUUUCUUUUUGUUUCUAAAAGUUGGAUUGUGAUAAAUUUAUUUUAGAGAACAGAGUUUUUUUUUACAUAAACAGAAAAGCUGCCAUUGCAGUAGAAUGGAAGAUUAGAAUGGGUUUGAAGUUGACAAUCUGUGAAUUUGACAAGCAAAGUGGUGCCUGCAGAGAUGGAAGGUCACAUUAGCCGCUGAAACAAUAUGGACGUAUUUGCCCAGUAUUGUGCAAACUGUGAACUGUGUUCUGCAGCCAGGAACUUUAUGUGAGUGUUAAUUUUGAAAGGAAAAAAAUUAGAAACAGGAGUGGUGUGUGUUCCUCCAUAUUUUUAUCAUAGUGAAUUAUCGCACAUCAAGUUGUGGUACUCAUUUGGAGUCUCUGGUGAUAUGGAUAAAGAUUCAGAUGUGUAAUUAUCACAACGGGAAGAGGCAUGAGAAGGGCAAGUCCAUAUCCAAAGCAUAGUGUUUCACCCACCAGUAAAUAAUUGUAAUAUAAUGCUAAACUUUAUUUUUUUUAUUAAAGUGAAUCUGGACUGCUUGUCUGCAUAAAAACAAUCAACCAAUUUAGGCUAUAGAAUCAACACCCUGUAGGAGACCACAGUUACCCCCAUUUUGGUGAUAGUGUUUCUUAUGUAUUUAUUGUGUUUUACCUUUAAUGCAAGGGGCAACUCUUGAUCCUGUUACAAGGGAUCUUCUUCAAGCCUUAAAUUAUGGUAUGUGCAUAAUAGACAAUAUAAAAUAUCACCAUGUACAAGGAUGAGUCAGUUAAAUUGAGCAUGUUUCUUUCAGAAGGGAAGUAUUGUAAAGUAUUGUAUAAGUCCUAAGUAGUAAGUGUAAAUUUAGUGGCUUGACAGUAGACUGAAACAUUCUGCUGAGGUUGCCUCUUGGAUCUUUUGAAGAGUAGUGAUGAAUACAUGUUAUAUAUAAGAACACACACACACACACACACACACACACACACACACACACAUAUAUAUAUUUAUAGUACAGGCCAAACGAAUUAGGCCACCUAUAGUUUAAAAAAGACUUGAGGCAGAGAAUAAAACUAAAAUUUCAGUCAAUUUAACUAUCCUUUCACCUCCCUUUCACCCCCCAUUUGAGAAAUGUUUGGAUAGACUUUCAAUAAUUUAUUUAAUUGUAAUUAAAUCCAAAUGAUGCUAAUUUGAAGUAAAACUCUUUUUGUGGUACUGUAGGUAGAAAUGGAAAAAAAGUGUUUGUACUUUGGUUUGUUAUUCAAUAAAUACGCAUAUUUAUUGAAUAACUAACUGAAUAAUUCUCAGCCUAAAAACCUAAGGUUUUUUUUAAACCACAGGUGGGUUAAUACUUUUGGCCUGUACUGUGCAUGUGUGUGUGUGUGUGUUUGUGGCCAUGUAUAAGAAUAUAGAAUAUAUAUAUAUAUAUAUAUAUAUAUAUAUAUAUAUAUAUAUAUAUAGAUUUCAUCAUUACUACGUAAUAUAUAGUAUAUAUACAAUUCAAUGUUUACCAAGAACCCGUAAGGCACUAGGAUAAGAGAUGGCCAAAUGCUAAGAUGUGGAGUUCAGUAAACUGACAACCCAAAGGCAGUAAGGUGACAAUCCAAAGUUUGUGCUGGGAUGCUUUAUGGCACAGCCCAGGAAAGAACUUCAGUGAUACUAAGGAGAGUAACACCCGCUGUACAUGUGCGUGUGUACACUCAUUUAUACAUGCACAUGCACACACACACACACACACACACACACACACACACACGUGCGCGCUCGCGAUCAAUGCAAGGCACAGAUGAAAUGACUAAAGGGUUUAUUUCGAUAUUUGUUUCUGUAAUUUAUUUGUUUGACUACUGAUCUCCUGAGUUUGCAUAUGUGCAGAAGAGGGCUAAUUAUGAAAAAACAUUAGGAUAAAAUGAACUCCAUGUAUAAAUUCUUUUUUGUCUGAACAAUGGUGCUAAACAUAUAACCAAAUGAAGUAUGAUGUUUUAAUGUUUUUAUUAUUAUUUUUUUUAAAUAAAGAUGAACUCAUGAAAA